AUGCUCUUCAUUAACAUUUUAUUUACACUCUUCUUGACAAAUUAUUGUACGGUACAAGGUACUGCAAAUGUACAACGGCGUUCUACUGCAAGCUUGCCUACUAUUGACAGCGCUCAAUUCGAUUUAAUUUGGAUAGAUGCCUGCAUUUUCGAAGUGUCUGAUGAUUGUCGUCAUACUCAGUCCCUUUUUCGAGAGCUGAUUCCUGCUGCCAAAUUCGAACUGGAUGUCUACGACGCUGUCUUCACUAUUAGCCGUACAAAAUACACUGAGAAAAAGUUACUUCUUGUAGUGUCUGGUAAAAAAGCGUCAUUCCUGCUUAGCUCUCUGGAGGAAUAUGAUUUAAAUGAUCACAUCGAAGCAAUUUUCAUCUUCUGCAAUAAACCUGAGGAUUACCAACACUUGCAACAUGAUAAACUUUUUGGUGUUUUUACAGAUGCUAAACUUCUUAUCGACACGGUUCGUGCAAGUAUAUUUGUGCAUUCGAGUAAAAAAGUACAAACACCACCGAAUCCUUUCGACGGGGUACAAACAUGGUUUCGGUCGGCUUCAAUGACCACAUUACCACGCAUUUGGCAUAAACUUUUACUUGAGAAUCUAGUUAGUCUACCUCGCGAUGAACAGUCUAAACAGGAUAUGAUUAAAAAAAGCAAAGAAUACUUUGCCAAAGAUAUUAAGGAACUGAGACGUAUCGAAGAGUUCAGCGCUGACUAUAGCUCUGAAUUGGCUAUUCAAUGGUAUACAGCUGAUUCAUUUGUUCAUAAACUCGUCAACCACGCGCUACGUAGUGAGAAUAGAUCAAACGCUGGCAAACAGUGCAACNGCAAAGAAUACUUUGCCAAAGAUAUUAAGGAACUGAGACGUAUCGAAGAGUUCAGCGCUGACUAUAGCUCUGAAUUGGCUAUUCAAUGGUAUACAGCUGAUUCAUUUGUUCAUAAACUCGUCAACCACGCGCUACGUAGUGAGAAUGUUGAUUUACUCUACGCUUAUCGGUUUUUUAUCAGUGAUCUAAGCGCAGAGAUCAAACGCUGGCAAACAGUGCAACAAACAGAUUCUGGAACAGUGAUAUCAAAAAUCAAAAAUGGAUUAGGCUCUCGAAUAAAGUUAUUUAGUGGUCAGCGACUACGGAAAGGGGAGUUAGAGAAACUAAAACAAAGUAUAGGUACUAUUAUUUCCAUCAAUGGUUUUCUUUCAACGUCGAUGGAUUUGAGCGAAGCAAAAGAGUUUACCAAACGAGCAAUGCAAUUUCCCGACAUGCAACAAGUAAUUAUUGAGAUUUCAUUUGAUACUUCACUACAAGAAAUGAACGUAUUCGCCGAAAUAGCAUAUCAGUCAAAGUAUAAUGAAGAAGAAGAGGUGCUAUUCGAUUACAAUUCUCUGUUCAAUGUAACGGAUGUGAAGUGUGAUCUGUAUAGCAGUAUUUGGACGGUAAAAAUGACAUCUCUUUCUAAGAACGCAAUCAAAGAACAUCCGUAUUUAAACACCAUUCGAGAAAAUUUUGUUGAGAAUCACUCGGGAACCGUUGCAUUUGGCAUCAUCAUGGCACACGGUUUUGAUAAAGCAGAGCAAGUAAUUCGUUAUUUUGAUCAAAUGCUACUCAAUUUACCGCAUCAUCAUGUUGAUGUGCCUGAUAUUUUGCAACAACGAGCUAUUUUAUAUCAAGAGAAAGGUGAACAUGCAUUGGCUUUACAAGAUUAUGAACGGGCGCUUGAAAUUCGUCGACAACGUAUUCAAGAGAAUCUCUUAGGUAUCAGUUCUCUCAGUGGUGAUAUUGGUCGUCUUCAUUCAACAAAAUCCGAUUUUCAGGCUAGUAUGAAGAGCCACCAAUUAGCAAUGAGUACUUAUGAACAAUUAUAUGGUACAGAAAAGGAUCAUAUAACGAAAGCAAAAGUUAACGAAAGCAUCGGUCUGACUUAUUAUCAAAGUGGCAAUGCAUCGAAAGCGCUUGAAUAUCUAGCUCACACUCAGGUUGCAUACAAGCAGCUUUUGCCUGAAAAACAUUUAUUACAAAUUGAACUUCUUGGUCAUAUCGGAGCGAUUCAUGAAGAAAUGGGAAAUUUAAGUUUGGCUGAAAAAUUCUUCCGUCGCCAGUUAAAUUGGAGUGAGACAGUAUUACCAGUCGAUCAUCCACUGAUAAUUACAUUUCUCGAGUCCAUCUAUCGAAUUCACUUGAAGAUGAACCAAACGUUAAAUAUUAGUGAGAUCUUCACUGGGCAUUUGGGUAAACUCCAAAAAAUACUUGAACCGCAGGAUGCUUUAAUAUCUCGUGUUCUUUUCAUGGCUGCUUCCUUGUUUGAAUCAUCAACGCCAGCUGAAGCUAUAAUAGUUUAUGAACAAACUAUUGAUCUCAGUCAAAUUUCAACGCAAUUGGGUCGGUCGACCAUGUUAAAAUGUCAUAAAAAGCUUGUAGAAAUGUACAAAAAAUCAGGAGACUUAGCAGCAGCACUCGAGCACGCAAAUAAAGCACUUGAUCUUCAACGGCAAUUCUCAUUCGAAGAACGAAACAUUACUGCGGAAGCCGAUGCACUGUACACUGUUGGAUUAAUCCAUAUAGAAAUGAAUACGCCAGCGGAAGCUCUUCCAUAUUUAAUGAAAGCUCUAAUCAUCUAUCAAUCGACGCACAUGUUAGAUCAUCCUAGUAUCCAAGUAGUAUUAAAUAGUAUUGCAGAGGCGGUCAACCGAACUCUAUCACUUAAUUCUGAAUAG